GCGGCGCGGUAUUUGAAUCCUGGAGCCAGGCGACUACACGAAGAUUCCUAGAGCUGCGGGCUCGGAGUGUGGAACUAACGGCGCCGCGGAAGCUUGUGCCUACCCUCCCCGGUCCGCGUCCAACCCUGGGCCUGGCUGGCACUAUUGCCUGCCGCGUCCCUCAUGGCGCUGCUCCGACGCCCGACGGUGUCCAGCGAGUUGGAGAAUAUUGACACAGGAGUUAAUUCUAAAGCUAAGAGCCAUGUGACACUCCGGCGGGCAGUUUUAGAAGAAAUUGGAAAUCGAGUUACAAUCAGACCCACACAAGUAGCUAAGAAAGCUCAGAACAUCAAAGUACCAGUCCAGCCCACCAAAACAACAAAUGUCAACAAACAACUGAAACCUACUGCUUCUGUGAAACCAGUCCAGGUGAAAAUGUUGGCUCCAAAGGGUCCUUCUCCCACACCUGAGGAUAUCUCUAUGAAGGAAGAGAACCUCUGCCAAGCUUUCUCUGAUGCCUUACUCUGCAAAAUCGAGGACAUUGAUAUCGAAGAUUGGGAGAACCCUCAGCUCUGCAGCGACUACGUUAAGGAUAUCUAUCAGUAUCUAAGGCAGCUUGAGACUCUGCAGACCAUAAAUGCCCAUUUCUUAGAUGGAAGAGACAUAAACGGCCGUAUGCGUGCCAUCCUGGUGGAUUGGCUUGUGCAGGUCCAUUCCAAGUUUCGGCUGCUGCAGGAAACUCUGUACAUGUGCAUCGCCAUUAUGGAUCGGUUCUUACAGGUUCAGCCAGUCUCUCGUAAGAAGCUUCAACUGGUUGGGAUUACAGCUCUGCUCUUGGCUUCCAAAUAUGAGGAGAUGUUUUCUCCAAAUAUUGAAGACUUCGUUUACAUCACAGACAAUGCGUAUACCAGUUCCCAAAUCCGAGAAAUGGAAACUCUAAUUUUGAAAGAACUGAAAUUUGAGUUGGGACGACCUUUGCCACUACAUUUCUUAAGACGGGCAUCAAAAGCCGGGGAGGUUGAUGUUGAACAGCACACUUUAGCCAAAUAUUUGAUGGAGCUGACUCUCAUUGACUACGACAUGGUGCAUUAUCACCCUUCUAAGGUGGCAGCAGCUGCUUCCUGCCUGUCCCAGAAGGUUCUAGGCCAAGGAAAAUGGAACUUAAAGCAGCAGUAUUACACAGGAUACACAGAGAAUGAAAUACUGGAAGUCAUGCAGCACAUGGCCAAAAAUGUAGUGAAAGUGAAUGAAAACUUAAUGAAAUUCAUCGUAUGGUCUCAGCAAGACUUAGCACCUGGGAGCACAGUGUGUUUCAGUCCUGAGGAUGUUGUCUGAGCUCUGCUAAGCACUGGUCGCCACGCACUUUUAGUGCAGUUGUUGCUGCCAGUCCUGCUGAACUUGCUCUGUCCUAGCAGCACUUGAGUAUGAUAAACACUGCUCCCACUUCCAAGCCCUCCUUGGACCUGGAUGUCACCUGUGCUACCAGCUGGGCUGGACCCAUUAGUAGGCAUGGAAGGAAGUUGUCAGGCACAACAUAGGAGGACCUCAGAGCACUCGCUGGCUUCAGUCAUUCGGCAUCUCAGACUACCUGGAGAUUGUGGGUCUGGCCUUUCAGUACUUAUAAAUGAGACUAAGAACAAGGUAUAAGG